GUUCCAGCUGUUUGCAUGUCUUGUUUUGUUCAAACCUCCCCAAUUGGACUAUUUCUCCCAAAGCUUCGAGAUUGUAUCCAAAAGACCUUGAAUGAGUGGAGUUCCCAAAUCAGCCCUGAUUUGGUCAGGGAGUUUCCAGAUGUCUUGGAAUGUACUGUAUCUCAUGCAGUUGAAAAAAUAAGCCCCGAUGAAAGAGACGAAAUGAAAGUUUCUGCAAAACUGUUCAUGGUAGGAUCAAAUUCUUCAUCCUCAACUAAAAAUGCAGUUGACAUGGCCUGUUCAGUCCUUGGAGUUGCACAGCUGGAUUCUGUGAUCAUUGCUUCACCUCCUACUGAAGAUGGAGUUAAUCUUUCCUUGGAGCAUUUGCAGCCUUACUGGGAGGAAUUACAAAACUUAGUUCAGAAUAAAAAAAUUGUUGCCAUAGGUACCUCUGAUCUGGACAAAACACAGUUGGAACAGCUGUAUCAGUGGGCCAAGGUCAAACCAAAUAGUAACCAAGUUAAUCUUGCCUCCUGCUGUGUGAUGCCACCUGAUUUGACUGCAUUCGCUAAACAGUUUGACAUACAGCUACUGACUCAUAAUGAUCCAAAAGAACUGCUUUCUGAAGCAAGUUUCCAAGAAGCUCUUCAGGAAAGCAUCCCUGACAUUCCAGCACAUGAAUGGGUACCACUGUGGCUACUGCGAUAUUCAGUCAUUGUUAAAAGUAGAGGAAUUAUCAAAUCAAAAGGCUACAUCUUACAAGCUAAAAGAAGGGGCCCUUAACUAUGACUUAGGAUCAUAACCUACUGACUUGUAUUUUCCUUGACUAUAAGAUAAAAUUGAGAUAUGUAAAAAUCUAUUUACUGUGGCAUCAUUGAGACAAAUAUUCUGUAGUUAUAUUUGACAUGUUAUCUGUCAAGUUUUGAACUCACAUGAACCUCUGUAUUGUUUUCAUUGAACUAUUGAUUUUAAUUGAAAUCAUUUACAAAGAAGAUAUUUGCAAUAUAUUUUGCCUUUAUUUUUGUGACUAAUAGAAAUCAAGAAUGUUUGUUGUUAGAUAUAUUUUGGCCUAGGCAUCAGGAUAAUGUAUACUAGUAUACAUAUUUUUUAUUUCCAAAAAACUCAUUAAUUGCUUCUUACUCUAUAGUAUAACUAAGCAAUUUGGUUACAAUUGUUAAAACUGCUAAAUACUGGAAGAUAUUUUUCCUGUUGAUAAGGUGAUUAUAUCUCAGAGUAACUGGAGUAGCUGGGAUCUACUAGUAGUGUAAAUAAAAUUCAUAUCUUCAAUAUAUGGAUAGAAACAAUUUUUUAUUUAAGUUUACUUAAUAGCCUUGCUUGUAGUUUACCUAUAAUGACUUAACCUUGUAUUCCUGUGCCAUAUUUUCUCUUGCUGUUAUUUACAAAGACAAACCAAAGUAAAUCUAAAAAGGAGACUAGAAUCACCCCAAUAAAUUCAACUUAAAGAAAAAAAACAACAGAAAAAAUAAAAAGGAGACUAGAAACUUUGAAAUUAUUGUUUGGGAGUUUUAUAAAAGCAACUAUUAUUACCUUCAGACUCUUUUUAAUUCUUGGUUUAUCCUUAAUAUUUUGCUAUUCAAGAAUAUCUAAUAAAUAUUGAGCAAUACCAUGUGCUUGGCACUGUGGGCUCUGGAAAGAGGAGGGGGCACAGGGAUUAAGAGUAAGUUGCUAAAUAUGAUAUUUAUUCCCCACUAAUAACUGACUUGUGAGGGACUAAAAGCAAGGAGAAGGGUAGAAAAAGCCUUAAUUAUUUAAAAGCAAAACAAUAUAAUCAAAACUUUAGAGCUAAAAGACACUUUAGAUCACUGAGUAUAAUUCCUCAUUAAAGAGCCAGAAAAUAGCAAAUAAAUAAUCUUUGACCUAGAGAGCUCCUUAAUUCUAUAAAUUUGGGAAGUUCCUUAAAAAUCUCUUUUCUCUCAAUCAGUACUUUUAAACCAUGUAUUUUAAUAUAUAAUUUAUAAAUAUAUAUAUAUAUAAACUAAUAUAUAAAACUAAUUUGCCUAACCUUUUUCAAUAUAGGGGAAAAAAACUGUGGUUCCAUAUUCAAAAUAAAUACACUAGACUCUACCAAUCAUAAAUAAGGUUUUGGGUUUAGUGGAUAGAUAAUUUGAUCAUCCAAAUUAUAAUGUUAAAUCGAUUGAUUUAUCUGAUAAGACUUGUUUAGACUUUGAGCUUCCUAACGCCUUAUAUAGCCUUUAUAUUAAUUGUGUGUAAUGUUAUUAAAUGUAUAUAGUUAACUUUUUUAUUUGGAAAUAUACAUUUUUCAUAUAAUGUAAGUCUUUAAACAAAUGCUCGUUUUAAUUUAAGCCUAUAUACAAUGAGUUGGUCAAGAUAUUUUAAGAGGAAAUUUUAAUAUCACAUUAUUGUUUUCUUUUAACUCUAGUCUUACAAAUAAUGGAUUGUUUAAAGGGUUAUUUUGAAAAUGGGAAAAAAAUGUAUGUUGCUAAUGUAUCCAAACUUAAGAGGAGCCUUUUUGUGUUCUUUUCCCCCCACUCCUGACAAGAUUAUAGAUUCAUUUUGUGAAA